UUUGUAAUUUGGCCCUGAAGCCGAAACUCGCUUCGUUCUUUCUUGACUUGGUUCUUGAACGAAACCUGGACUGGUCGGAGUUUCAGUGAAGCUUUUUCAGACUUUACAUUUCUCGCUUCGGAUCAGUUUUUGGGAUUUUUUUCUAUCUUUCUGUAAUUAUUCACCAAAAGGGCUCGCAGCUUUUAACUCCAAAAGAAGUCGAGCUUUUUUUCGCUUUCGUGUGAAAGGAUGCAGAGUUUCCGCUUUGCUUGGGUUUCUUGCUUGUUAUUGCUCGGUCUUUGGACAAGUAAUGCACAAGAAUGCGGCCAGCCGCCUCUCCAGAGUAGAAUAGUGGGAGGAUAUGACGCUGGCAUAGGUCACUGGCCGUGGCAAGUUGAUAUACAGAGCUCUACAGGACAUGUAUGCGGAGGAUCACUCAUCGCUGAGAACUGGGUUCUGUCAGCAGCUCACUGUUUCCCAAAUCCUGCGGACACGGCCCAGUACAUGAUCUAUGCAGGCCGUCUGCAGCUGAAUGGCUGGAACCCACAUGAGACGUCGCAUCGGAUUAAUCGUAUAGUGGUGCCAUAUGGCUAUACGGACCCACAGCUGGGCCAGGAUAUAGCUUUAGUGGAGUUGGCUUCUCCGGUCAAGUGGUCCGAUCACGUCCAGCCCGUGUGCCUUCCGAAUUCGGAUGUUUCUUUUCCUGGAGGAACCAUGUGCACCAUCACAGGCUGGGGAGACAUUAGAGAUGGAGUCUCUUUGCAGGGGGUGGGAACUCUGCAGCAGGUGCAGGUGCCAAUCAUCGAUCAAGCCGCCUGCCAGGACAUGUUCCAGAUCCAAGCCACAGAGCAGGUUAAUAUUCGCUUUGACAUGCUCUGUGCCGGCUUUCAGCAGGGCGGAAAAGAUUCUUGCCAGGGGGAUUCUGGAGGACCGUUGGUAUGCCAAACAUCUGGUGGCAUCUGGUUGCAGGUUGGCAUUGUGAGCUUCGGCCUGGGCUGUGCCCAGCCAAACCGUCCGGGUGUCUAUGCUAGAGUAUCAGCCUUUUCCAACUUUAUUCAGAGCAAUGUCAAGGGACUACAACUGCGUGGUGCAGCGGAUCACAACUGGACCGGCUGGCUCAUCGUACUCACCAGGACUGUAAUCGUACUAACUAUGGCACAGCUUCUGAGAUAGUGACAACUUAUCUAAUGCCAAGGGAAGGAUUCAUUCACUACAUUCACAAACCUCAGGGGACAUUAAUAAAAGGCAGUGCAGACUGUGAUCACUUUUUUUUUAAACUGUAUGUUGAAUAAUUUUUUCUACUUGCCUUUGCCUUCUGUAGCUACUCUGUGGAAUGUGUAUAAUUAGUCUGAUUCUAGAAAAGUAAAAUAAAACGUUUAGUCAUAAGUGAUAUGCAGUUUGCACAAUUAAACUCGUAAGCAUACUAUUUCAUGAAUUCUAAGUAAAAUUGCAAGAUAUGACAAGAAUUGAGGAAAAUAGUUAGGUUUUAAUUGUGGGAUUGUGUGGUCAGGUAUUUAUUAAUUUUUAUUUUUUUUUUUAAAUACAUCUUGCCUUUUUAACUUGGAACUUGUGAUCGUGUUCAAUAAAGAAUCAUGUACAGUG